AUGCCGGACGAUACCAUGGUCGGGAUGCAACUGGUCGAGAUACAUGACUUCCUGAAGGCGGAGCUGCAAUCCUUCUCAUCUGCAGAGCUUUUAGAAAGAACUGGGGUGGAUGUUGAAAACUCCCACAGUAUAUUUCUUUCACUCACUGGAGAUGCAAGUAAGAUUAUAAGGGAAAAAGAUGGAAAGUGGAGAUGGGCAUCCAAGUAUCCUGUGCGAAACUUCAACCAGCUCCUUACCCUCAUGUGUCGUAGCACGGAUGGGGUAAAUGAGAGAGAUUUGUAUGAUUCCUACAAAGGUGUCAAGGAUGACCUUAAGAAGCUCAAGAAAAAGGGGGCUAUGUAUGAGAUUAAGAGCGGGUCUAAGACGCUUUUGUUUCCUCGGGAUGAUCGCUAUCAACUGACUAUCAGCGAUGAGGUCAAGGAGAAAUACAAGCGCGUUACUGUUCCGGACGCCAUCGAAGUUCAUCGGUAUCUUGUGCAACGAGGCCUCAAAGAAACCGAUGAUUCCGCCGGCAUAAAGAUUGAUGCCCCUGUGUCAAGAAAACGACCCAGCAGUCGAAAGGACACGAAGCGGCGACGAAAUAAGAGAAUUAAGCUCACUAACACCCACAUGGAAAACUCUGGAAUUGACCUCAGCAAAGACUACAACACAGGUAAGGAGUCAGCAUUUGGAUAA